AUCUGGGCAAACAAAACUCUCCCAAAAAAGUAUGACUAAAAUUACAAUAAUAACCUCAUUCUUGUUAUUUAUUGUUAAGAAAUGGAGAAGUGCCCAACAACAAAAAAAAGAAAAGAAAAUUGGAACCCUUAAAUCUUUCUUUGAAGAUAUUUAAUCAUCAUCAUCAUCUUCAUUCAUUUCACAAUCCAAAUGGCAUCAUCAUCAUCAUCAACAUCAUCAAUAAUGGUGGGUGGUGAUGACAGAAUUUCGAAUCUUCCCGAUUCAAUAAUCAAUGACAUCCUAUCGUUUCUCCCAACUCAAGAUGUAGUUCGAACAUGCGUUCUUUCCAAGCGUUGGAAACUCAUCUGGUAUUCAGUUCCCACAAUCUUUUUCUCCAAUAAGAAUAUUGUUUUCGGAAUUGAAUGGGAAAAUGAGCAAGAAAAGUUCUACAAUUACGUCGAAAAAUAUUUUAAACAACGCAAGAAAGGUAUGCAUCGUGUUCUUGGUUCUUCAUGCAUAACUAGUUUUAAGCUUGAAAUGAAAGGUUUCUAUCAAAUAAGUAAUGCUCACCUCAUAAAUAAAUGGUUAGCUUUUAUAGUCAAGAAGAACAAGAUUAAGGAAAUCUCUCUAUCCAUAGGCAAAAGCAAUAGAGGUUACUAUUACCACUGCUUACCUAAAGUAUUCUUAAACAAUACAAAAUUUUUGACUAAUUUGGAGUUAUGUGGAGUAAUGUUGGAUAAAUCUCAUUCAUUUAAUUUCCCAUUACUAAAAACUUUGUCAUUGGAAAAUAUUAAGACAUCAUAUACUGUGAAAUAUGAACCCAAUGUGGUAUUCAAGUUUUUGUUGGGUUGUCCUUCUCUUGAGAAAUUUCGGUUAUGUUGGUAUGGUUUGUUACUAAUUGAUGGUAUGCACCGGUUGCGAAGCUUAAGCCUCAAGAACUUGGAAUUGGUGUAUACAUAUGUGAAAGACUUACAAAUUGAUGCUAUAAAUCUUGAAUCUUUGGUACUUACUAGUAAUUCUUCGAUAUUUAGUAAUUCUUUCGCGAAUAUAAAUCUCUCAACUUGUAACAAAAUUAAAGUUCUUUCGAUGAAUGAUCUAUCAAUAACGCAUGUUGGGGUGAUGGCGUUGAACUCUCUUAUUUCUAAUAAUCCUCUUCUUGAGAAUUUGACUUUGAGCAUCAUGAAUGUACCUUGUUACUACGACGAGUGUCAUCUCAAAAUCUCGAGUCAACACUUGAAAAGUUUCUAUUUUAAGAAUUGUUACUCAAGGGAGGCCAAGGUUACAAUUGAAUCAGCUCCGGAAUUAGAAUACUUUUGUUAUGAAGGUACUAUUGAUACAAUCAUAUCGAUAGAGUCAUCUAAUUUGUUGAGUGGAAAAAUGGCGAUUUAUGAGGAUUGUAGAGAUUAUGAUGCAGAGUGGUAUAUUGAUAUGUUGAAUUUUCUUUCGAAUUUCAAUUGCUCUUGGAAUACUCUUAGCCUACAUGUUAAAGAAUUUGAGGCUCUUAUUUGGCCAGAAAAGUUCAAGAGGGUAUGUUAUUCUCCAUUGCUUAAUUUGAAGCAUCUCAGAGUUAUUACUAAAGAUAGUAAUCCCGAAAGAAUGUCAGAUUUGAAGAACUCGUUAAUGUGGAUUUCACCUUCUUUAGAAACAUUGUCUAUUAACAAAAUGCAGAUUUUUUAGCUGCUUUAAAGUUCAAGAGAAAACAAUAUGCAGCAUACUCUGUAUAUUGUCAACACUAAAGAUUUGUUUUUAACUAGUUAUUUGUUAGUACUGUUUUGUCUUAAUUGUCUUAGUUAAGUGGUUAUUAGAAGAUAAACUUCUUUAUUAUAUUGAUAUGUUUGUGUAUGAUAUGAGUUUGGUAUGGAUUUGAUUUGAUUUGGUUUGGUAGCAACAAUUUUCAAUUGGUACCACUAA